UUUCUCUUUCCGAGCAUAUGAUUCACUACAUUGUGUAUCAUCGAAGUUCCAAAUUAACCUUGUUAAGACGCUACGCGAACCAAACACGAGAAGCGGUUCAGUGAAAAGAUGGCUGCGUUAAACCCUCCCAAAACCCUCCAAACCAAAAUUCUACCCGCAAAUCCAAUUUCAGUGGCGGUUUCUAGGUCAAGAACUAGAAUCGCUUUGAAAUCGAACAAGUUCCCAGGCACAGCAAUUUGUGCUUCAGAGAUGCGAAGAGAAGUUCAACAACAAACGUCUUUUGUGGACACUCUCCUCAACGGUACUCGCAGAAACCAAAUCCUCGACGCCAUCGGAACAAGCUCUCUCUCUAAUUGCCUCUCCGAAACUAACCUUCAUUUGACAGUUCCAGCUCUCAAGUCCAAAACCCGCGGCAAAGUUCGAGAUAUUUAUGAUAGUGGAGAUUACCUUGUUUUAGUUACCACUGAUCGCCAGAGUGCCUUUGAUAGGAUUCUUGCUUCCAUUCCCUUUAAAGGCCAGGUUCUUAACGAGACAAGUUUGUGGUGGUUUGAAAGAACUAAGCACAUAGUUUGUAAUGCUGUUGUAUCGGCUCCAGAUAAAAAUGUUACAAUAGCAAAGAAGUGUUCGGUUUUCCCGGUUGAGUUUGUUGUUAGAGGGUUUGUCACUGGAAGUACCGACACAUCAUUAUGGACAGUAUACAAUAAAGGCGUUCGUAACUAUUGUGGAAAUGUCCUCCCAGAUGGAAUGGUAAAAAAUCAAAAGUUGCCCAAAAAUAUACUCACUCCAACAACCAAGGCUGAGGAUCAUGAUGUUCCUGUCACUCCAGAUGAGAUUGUUGAAAGCGGACUGAUGACACGAGCUGAUUAUGUAGAAGUGAGUGAAAAAGCAUUAAGCUUGUUUGAAUAUGGACAGCAAGUGGCUUUGGAACAUGGCCUCAUAUUGGUAGAUACCAAGUAUGAAUUUGGGAAGGCAAAUGAUGGUUCAAUUCUGUUAAUUGAUGAGGUCCAUACUCCUGAUUCAAGUAGAUAUUGGAUUGCCAAUUCUUACUUGGAGCGCUUUCAAAAUGGUCUUGAGCCUGAAAAUGUUGAUAAGGAGUUCUUGAGGCUGUGGUUCAAAAGUCACUGCAACCCCUAUGAAGAUGAGGUCCUUCCUGAUGCUCCUGAAGAUCUUGUUUUUGAAUUGGCUUGGAGAUAUAUUUUCUUGUAUGAGACUAUAACAAAAUCAAAGUUUGAGAUGCUAUUGACCGAGGAGCCAAUACAUGACCGAAUUUCACGAAGUGUUACAUAUGCUCUAUCAUCUUUAAAGUAGCCCUGGACUUUUAGGGCCCCUCCUUUAGCUCUGGAUUUUAAGGAUCUCUUACUAAAAAAUAUAUUUAAAAUAAAAAAUAUAGUUAGAACUUCAAAUUGACGGAGAACUUCUCCAAACAAGUUUUUAUUUUCUAUAUUCUAAUGUAUAACUUAAAACAGAAAGACAGAAGAAGCUUCAUUUUCUUCGAAAUCAAACUUGUUUCUGGAAAUUCAUGAAAACAGUUUUCAGAAAUUUGUCACCUUGUGAUUUUUCUUUUGUCCCCAAGGGUAAACUGCUUUGAACGCACAACCAAAUGAGUCGUUUGCCUUGUACAUUUCCUUGUGACAGUACGAGAAGUAAAUAUUAUUUGUUCUGUACGAGAAGUUGUUUGCUCCUGUUACUGCAUGCUGCAAUUUUUCUUUUUCUUUUUUAUUCUACUUUCUUUACUACAUUAUUUUUUCGGGCUGUUACACCUUCUUAU